AUGUCAGUCAACAGUCCAGCUAAAUUACAGCGAGUUGAAAGACAUCUUAUUCGGCAGCGAGGUGCAGGAGUACGGUCGAUUGCGGCGAGCUUUGGCUUCUCGAUCGGCCUUGAUAGCAACAGCUCGCAACAGCCGAACGGCACGGCCACGGCGCGAUAUGGACCGCCCGCGAAGAGACGAAAGACGAUCGUCGAGCCUCAGCCAAACGAAACGAUUGAGAACGAUGAGCACGCGACUCCCACCAAGGCCUCAGCAGCCGUGGAGACUGAGAAGCAGACGGAAAGAGAUGUACAGCGUACUGCAACCAAGAGUCGACCCGUUGUGAAGGUGCGGAAGCGGUUUCAGGUGGACGAUGCAACGGCAAGCUCUGGAACGGGCGACGACAGCUUUGUGUUUGGGCAGCGCAAAGAGAAGAAAAAGAGCCGCACAAGAGAGGAGGCUAUUUUUGCUAUCGCUUUGGAGAAGGAGGCAAUCGUCGAGGAACCUGCAAAAGAGGCAUCGCCGGUGAAGAGCCGACCUAAGAGGCGGGCGGCUACAAAUGCUACGGCGAAAGUGACAGAUGGGUUCUUGGAGGAGGCUGCGCCAGUGGACAAGAAGAGACGCGAUGCAUCGCCGGUAAAGAAAGCAAGGACUGUGCGAAAGAGGGGAGCUGUUCAGCAGGUCGAGACGGCGGAGGUAGACGUUCAUGAGCAAGCUGUGGUCGCGGCAACAGCGCCCGAAGUCACGAAGCAGACGGGUAGAGCCCGCAAAACAGCUGCAAAGCCAACAACAUCUGUCAAAAACAAGGCUUCGGAGCCACUAAGGAACGCUUGCAUGUCAGACGAAGAGGACGUUCUACUGCAACCCGAGAUGCCAACAGAACCAAAAGGAAAGAAGCGGGCAACCAGGAAGCCUCCCACCAAGAAGAACGUGACCACCAGAGCUAAGCCUCAUGAGGAUCUUGAAGCCCCCGAGCCUCCCAAAGCCGUCAAGAAGACCUCCAGGAAACGCAAAGCGGAUGUCGAAGAUGACUUUGAUGCUUCGAGAGCAACAAAACGUGGUAGAACACAAGCUACGGAUGAUUCAGAGCCGACAACGCAGGUUCUUGGCCCAGUUGAGCAAGCAGAAGGGAUCUCUCAACGGCGAGAUCCGACUGUGCAAUCUGGCAAACAACCGAAGUCGCGACGCCAGAAGGCAGGCACUAAUAGUGCCGUCCCAAUGACCGCGGCAAUCGCGGACAUUCUUGGAGAACAGUCUUCAGCAGCAACCGCGAUAGACGCACAGCCAUCAACAAGAGACGACACGGGUUGGACAUCCUCGCGUAGGCCUCAAGAAGCCAAACCAAGCCAGCGGCGUCCUCUAUUGGAGACGGAUGUUAAUCUCACCAUGCGAUCCAACUCCCCGGAGAAGCCAGGGUCAAGGUCAAAGUCACAACCACUCCCGCGGGUCGCAGAUAAGGCUGUAUCGGAGGGAAAGCCAUCGCCGCGACGCCGACGUGAAGACGCGAGACCCAGCGAUAUGGACGCAGAUCUGAAGAUGCGUUCCAGUUCGUCGGAGCAUACUGUCCCACACCCUAUCCCACGGGAUGCUGAUAAGGCUGUGCCGGGGAAUAGGCUAAAGCCACGACGCCUAUCUGGUGAAGCGAAGCCAAGUCGACGGCGUCCGAUAAAUGAGACCAGUGCCGAUUUUGUGCGCUCCAAAUCGACAGAAAUGCCCGAGACGGUGCAACGACGACACCCAUCAACUUCAGAUACCGAGGCCCCGCCGGUGAUUGCACCGCCGCCGCGACCUCCCACUAGCAAAGCAAAGACCCACCCCACGUCAAAACAAAGACAAAUUACCCAAGAAGAGAACGACAAUCCACCCACGGCUCCGAGCGCUUCAGAGAAGACGUCGCGAAACGAAGCCAGACGUCACGAUCGAUCUCGACAAGUCCCCACUAUCGACACCGCCGCAUUGGAGGCGGAUCCACCCGCAGCCCCCACCAUCGCACGAAUCUCGCCGAACGCAGACAAUCGAGCCAUGACUCGCAUAGCUCUACCGGCGUCCCGGGACGCGCACCAGCAGAACCGGCGCGGUGGAGCUGUAAGCAAUGGUCAAAGUCUGAAAAGUGGUGCAGAUUUGGCUUCGGAAAGCGCCGUCCAGACAAUUGCCGAGAAUUUAGUGCCGGCUGCGGGGGAGAAGCCGAAACGAGGGCGUAAGGCGGUGGCUGCCAUUGACAGAGAUCACGAAAGCGAGAUGAGUGGGAAUAAGGUUCAGAAUUUUUUGAAGAACGGUGAGGAGGAUGUGGAUUGGCUGUUCGAUGCUCCGGACGCUAUGCGACCGGAAAAGGCGGCGGAGGUAAAGAAAACGGCGGUCAACGGCCGAGCCAACACGAAGGGUCGGACGAAGAUGGUUGAUAUUGAUCUGGAUGAUCUGAUCUCGAACAUAGCUUCGUUUGCUCAGCAUGAGCGGGAGGCGAGUGUGUCAACAGCAGCGAAGCAGCCAUCAACUGCCAAGUCAAGAUCGAGACGGAAGGUUUAG